AUGUUGAUUAAAAAGGUACUAUGGCUGGUGGUGACAGGCAUUUGUGGGGUUGUCACUUCCCAUGGAGAUAUACAUAUGGGGAUGGAGAUGGGUCAUCAAUCUGAUUCUAGAAACACUAGUGAACUGAUUCCAGUACCCCAUGAGGGCGGCCAUAUGCAUGGGUUACCCAUUUUAGAGACAUCGUUAACACCAGCGGAAAAAAAAUAUUGGGAGGCCUAUAAUACUACGACAUACUUUUCCAGCAUACAAGCAAUUCAUUCAUCAGGGUUGGUUUAUCAUAUGGGUGGGAUUUUUAUAGUUACCGUAUUCACAUAUCCUAUUUGUCUGGUUCUAGCUAAUGUGAAGUCGCAGUGGUAUUUGCCAAUGCUAUGCUUAAAUUAUUUGGUUUUAGGGACGGCCAUAGUCGGAUUAUCGGGCUUCAGCGCUUCAUUUCCGGAGACGUUAUAUCCAGGCAAUAUCUAUGGGAAAAUGACGUUGAUACUAAUUCUACUAUCAAUUGUACAAGGGAGCGCUGCUGUUGUGGUAAGGGCAGCCGAGUGGAUGACUGGCGAGACAAACUCUGAUGAAUAUACUAGUAGCGGGCGCGAUGGAUUUAUUCCACUGUCUGACUUGCAAGGUAGUAAUAGCAGUGAAGGGAAAUUUCACCCCUCAUCGCCCCAGCAUGCGUCGAUUACUGGAUCAUCUGCGACUGCAGUCUCGAACAAUCAAUUUAAUGGGCGUCGAGAUGAUGAUGACGGGUCCUCAACCAGUGUCUCCUUUGACAUCGAUGAGAGUUUUACACGGGACAUUGAACAAGCACCACCAGCUGAAGAAGAUGGCGGCAGGUUUUCUCUACGAUACAAGUCCAGUCUUGCAAUGCGUAGGGACACAUAUUUAUCAGAAUUGCUCGCACAUCCAACGUUACAACAGAUAUCGAUGAGGUUUGGGCACAUAUUCAGACUAGUGUUCCGGAUCACCAACCUGCCAAUGCUAUUGUACCUACUUGUGUAUAUGACUGUCGGGGUCGCGGUUGGAAAUCUUCUGGGCCAAGAUAGGCGGAUAUUUAACCUGCUAGCUCACUGGAUCAAAGGUGGUGUUUUCAUACUGCUAGGACUUAUUUCUCUAGCUCGAUACAGCGGAGCGUGGAGCAGCUAUGGCUGGGCAUGGAACAAAACAUUAUACCUAAAAAGUGAUAACACAGAUAAUACCAGUUUAGGAUACCGUUUCUUCACACCUCGUGGGACAAUUACCAUGGAAGCUGUUGAAUCAUUCCUAAUUUUCUUUUACGGUUCAACCAAUAUCUUUCUAGAGCGCCUCGCCAAUCCACAUGGGAAGUGGGCAGCAAAGGACUUGCAACAUGUCUCUAUAGCAUUCAUGUUUAUCGGAUCAGGGUUAUGCGGUCUUAUUGCUGAACAUAGACUAAAUGACUGGCGUUGGAAACACGCAAUGAAAACCACCACUGACACCCCCGAGAGUGCUGUACUAGCCUGUUCACCAGGCUACUCCCCUAACCCAUUUCCAGCAUUCACCAUCUUCUGGACGGGCAUUCUAAUGUCCCAACAUGCUCAGGCUUCCAAAACAUCCACCGCAAUACACGUCCAAUGGGGGUACUUACUGUCAUAUGGAUCCUUUUUUAGAAUUAUUACCUUUAUCUUAUUAAUGUUGGUCCCGAAUAAAAACCUCGCUCCUUCACACCCCUUCACCGAGCUUAUAGCCUCGUUCUGCCUGAUCUGCGGCGGACUAAUCUUUAUGGAAUCUACAGAUCAAGUUGUAGAAGCCAUUGAGUACAGAGGCUUAACCCCUAUGUUCACCUUAAAUAUUAGUAUCGGCAUCGUACUAUUGGCUAUGGCCUGGGAAAUGAUGCUCUUUAUGUGGCGCGAUUCGUUACGUAGCAACACUCUAAACUACAAAUGA